UAACGGACGGAGACUUGUGGCGCUCUCAGCCACCGACAGCGCCGGCCUCAGUGGCGCCUCUGUCCCAGUCCGCGCCGGCUGUGCCACUUUGGCAGCGUUAGAUGUGGAAUCGGGGCCUGUGUCCGCGGGCUCGGUGUAUGAACCUGGGUGCAAACGUGCAUGACAGUGGAAUCUUGAAUGAAUGAAAAACUCUGUGGAUGCAAGAGUUCUUCAUAUAUUAAGGAUUCAUUCAUUCAUAGACUCAUUUAUUGAAGGCUGUCUAUGUAACAGGCACAAUCCUAGGUGCUUGGGAUAUAGCAGUGAACAAGAGACAAACCCCCUACUAUCAUGGUACUUCCAUUUUUGUGGGCUGGAUAAUAAACAAGGGAUGUAAACAGCUGGGAAGAGCUUUGCUUCAAUCAUUACAACAAGGAAACUACAAACUUCUACCCUACAACAAGGAAAUGGACAAACUACAAAAUAACUUUUCUAGGACCCUUCAGAGAACUGAGGUCACAGGGCAACCAAGUAAUCUUAAAUCUGGGGAAAGAAAGAUGCCAGCUGAGAGAAACAGGACUCAAGCUUUACUUACCUGGGAUGGACUCUGCCAGACACCAUAUAAGCCAGGAACAGUAACAUUCAAAGAUGUGGCUAUCGACUUCACCCAGGAGGAGUGGAAGAGAUUGGAUCCUGCUCAGAGAAACCUGUACCGGAACGUGAUGCUAGAAAACUAUAACAACUUAAUCACAGUAGGCUAUCCAUUCACCAAACCUGAUGUGAUUUUCAAAUUGGAGCAAGAAGAAGAACCAUGGGUGAUGGAGGAAGAAGUGUUAAGGAGACACUGGCAAGGAGAAAUAUGGGGAGUUGAUGAGCAUCAGAAAAACCAGGACAGACUUUUGAGACAAGUUGAAGUUAAAUUCCAGAAAACACUGACUGAAGAAAAAGGCAAUGAAUGUCAAAAGAAAUUUGCAAAUGUAUUUCCUCUGAACUCUGAUUUUUUCCCUUCCAGACACAAUCUCUAUAAGUAUGACUUAUUUGGAAAGUGUUUAGAACAUAAUUUUGACUGUCAUAAUAAUGUGAAAUGCCUUAUAAGAAAGGAACAUUGUGAAUAUAAUGAACCUGUGAAAUCAUAUGGUAAUAGCUCAUCCCAUUUUGUCAUUACCCCCUUUAAGUGUAAUCAUUGUGGAAAAGGCUUCAAUCAGACUUUGGACCUUAUCAGACAUCUGAGAAUUCAUACUGGAGAGAAGCCCUAUGAAUGUAGUAACUGUAGAAAAGCCUUCAGUCACAAGGAAAAACUUAUUAAACAUUAUAAAAUUCACAGUAGGGAGCAGUCUUACAAAUGUAAUGAAUGUGGUAAAGCUUUCAUUAAAAUGUCAAAUCUCAUUAGACAUCAAAGAAUUCAUACUGGAGAGAAGCCCUAUGCAUGUAAGGAAUGUGAGAAGUCCUUCAGCCAGAAAUCAAAUCUUAUUGAUCACGAAAAAAUUCAUACUGGAGAGAAACCUUAUGAAUGUAAUGAGUGUGGAAAAGCCUUCAGCCAGAAGCAAAGCCUCAUUGCACAUCAGAAAGUUCAUACUGGGGAGAAACCUUAUGCAUGUAAUGAAUGUGGUAAAGCCUUCCCUCGAAUUGCAUCCCUUGCUCUUCAUAUGAGGAGUCAUACAGGAGAAAAACCUUAUAAAUGUGAUAAAUGUGGUAAAGCCUUCUCUCAGUUUUCCAUGCUUAUUAUACAUGUUAGAAUUCAUACAGGUGAAAAACCCUAUGAAUGUAAUGAGUGUGGAAAAGCCUUCUCUCAAAGCUCAGCCCUUACUGUACAUAUGAGAAGUCACACUGGUGAGAAACCCUAUGAAUGUAAGGAAUGCAGAAAAGCCUUCAGCCACAAGAAAAACUUCAUUACACACCAGAAAAUCCAUACUAGAGAGAAACCUUAUGAGUGUAAUGAAUGUGGGAAAGCUUUUAUACAGAUGUCAAACCUUGUUAGACACCAGAGAAUUCAUACUGGGGAAAAACCCUAUAUAUGUAAGGAAUGUGGGAAAGCCUUUAGCCAGAAAUCAAAUCUCAUUGCUCAUGAAAAAAUUCAUUCUGGAGAGAAGCCCUAUGAAUGCAAUGAAUGUGGUAAAGCCUUCAGCCAAAAGCAAAACUUCAUUACACAUCAAAAAGUUCAUACUGGAGAGAAACCUUAUGAUUGUAAUGAAUGUGGUAAAGCCUUCUCUCAAAUUGCAUCCCUUACCCUUCAUUUGAGAAGUCAUACAGGGGAAAAGCCUUAUGAAUGUGAUAAAUGUGGUAAAGCCUUCUCUCAGUGCUCACUGCUUAAUUUACAUAUGAGAAGUCACACAGGUGAGAAGCCCUAUGUAUGUAAUGAAUGUGGGAAAGCCUUCUCUCAAAGAACUUCCCUUAUUGUGCACAUGAGAGGCCAUACAGGUGAAAAACCCUAUGAAUGUAAUAAAUGUGGAAAAGCCUUCUCCCAAAGCUCAUCCCUUACUAUACAUAUACGAGGACAUACAGGUGAGAAACCCUUCGACUGUAGUAAAUGUGGAAAAGCCUUCUCUCAAAUCUCAUCUCUUACCCUUCAUAUGAGAAAACAUACAGGUGAGAAGCCCUAUCACUGUAUUGAGUGUGGCAAGGCUUUCAGCCAAAAGUCACACCUUGUUAGACACCAGAGAAUUCAUACUCAUUAGAAACCCUAUGAAUAUUAUGAAUAUGGCAAGGCCAUCUGAAGGAAUUAACACCUCAUUGCACAUUACAUGAUCACUUCCAGAGUAGAAAACUGUGAAUGUGGGAUAGCCUUCUGAAAAAGCCACAAAUUUAUGAAACAUUAGAGAAUUCUUCCAGGGUGACAAAUUAUAUAAUGAAAAAGCUGAUUAUCAGAAACUUUCAGCAGACAUAUUAUUGAUAAUAUUUAAUCAGCAUUCUCAUUGAAAUCUGAAACAAGGUAUCUGCUGUCAGCAUAACAACCCGAUACUUGAGCUCCUAGCCAAUGUAUUAAGUAAGGAAAACAAGAUUGGGAAAACAAGUAUCAAUGAAGAACUAUAAAAAUAACUUUUAUACAAGAAAUAGUUAAUUGGAAAAUGUGUUGAUAGAAAAACCUAAGAAUAAACACAACAAUGAAUUGAGGUCUUUAUCAAGUUAUAAAACAUGUUGAAAGGCACAAAAGAACACCUGAAAAAUGAUAUUUUGUCUGAAAAGACAUUGUAAAAAUAUAAUUUCUCUCCCAAAUCACUAAGUUUAAUAUACUUCUGAAGUUUACAUCAGUUUUAUUUUAAGGAACUUCACAAACUUAUCCAAAAAUUUUAUGUGGAAAAGUAAAGAAACACAAAUAGCUGAAACAAACUUGACAAAGCAAAUAGAGAAGACACACUCUAUUAUUAGAUAUAUCAUAUACUUAUUUAAAGCUGUUGUCAUUUAAACAAUGUAUUACCGAGUGAAUAAAUCAAGCAGUAGUAAGAUAGUGAGCAUUCAUACAAAAAUCCAAGAAGAUACAGGAAUUCUGUGUAUGACAGUGCUAUUGAAAUCAUUGGGGAAUGAAUGGCUUAUUUAAUAAAUGGAAGGUUCAUAGGAGAAAAAUUUUAGCUUUCUACUUUAUAUCAUAUACAAAAAUAAAAUCCUACUAAAGACCAGAAUAUAAAAAGCAAAAUUCUAAAACUAUGAUGAAAGUAGAAUCUAUUACUUUAGGGUAACAAGAUUUCUUUAAAAAACACAGACAUGGAAUAGUCCAUUGAAUUUUGGUGUAUUGGCCUCACAGGCACCCGCAAAUGUACACAAAGAGAUAUGUAUCACUGUGUUCCUGAAUCAUGGUUUGUAUUGCCCAAAAUUGGAUAUAACAAAUUUUUAUAAAUGUGGAAUAGAUGAAUAAGUGUGCUCAUUUCUGUGAUAAAAUACAGAAUUUAGAAAGAAAAUCUACCUAUAGUUAUAUGGAUAGAUUACCAUAUAUAAUAUUGAGAGAAAAAAUUAAAAUGCACAAAGGAACACAGUAUAACAUUUGUAUAAUUGAAUAAGAUCUUGCAAAGAACAGUACUGUGUAUUGGUCACGGAUCCAUAUACAACUUGGUUGCCUUUCAGGAUGUGGGAAAGGUUUGGUGGGAGUUGUUAUAUUUAUCUGUAAUAUUUCUUUAAUAAAAGAGUGAAAGCAAAUAUGACAGUGGUGACAAA